AAAAGGAAUCAUCUAAUCACACUACUUUCUUCUCUCUCUCUCUCUAUCAACUUGAGAGAAAUGCAGUGAGAUUGAUUUUUGAAAGUGUUGUGUGGUAAGCAAAAGAGAGAUGGUGGUAAGAAAAGUAGGAAAGUAUGAGUUAGGUAGAACAAUCGGUGAAGGCACUUUCGCUAAAGUCAAGUUCGCUCAGAACACUGAGACCGGUGAGAGUGUCGCUAUGAAAAUCGUGGAUCGUAACACUAUCCUCAAACGCAAGAUGGUUGAUCAGAUUAAGAGGGAGAUCUCGAUCAUGAAACUCGUUCGUCAUCCUUGUGUUGUUCGUCUCUAUGAGGUUUUGGCAAGCCGGACUAAGAUUUACAUCAUCUUGGAGUAUAUUACAGGUGGUGAACUGUUUGAUAAGAUUGUUCGUAAUGGGCGUCUUAGUGAAGCUGAAGCUAGGAAGUACUUUCAUCAGCUUAUUGAUGGUGUUGAUUACUGUCAUAGUAAAGGGGUUUACCACAGAGAUCUAAAGCCUGAAAAUCUUCUCCUGGAUUCUCAAGGAAAUCUGAAAAUAUCUGAUUUUGGACUGAGUGCAUUACCAGAGCCAGGAGUUACUAUCCUAAAGACAACUUGUGGAACUCCAAAUUACGUUGCUCCUGAGGUUCUGAGUCAUAAGGGUUACAAUGGUGCCGUGGCAGAUGUCUGGUCCUGUGGGGUCAUCCUUUAUGUUCUUAUGGCAGGAUAUCUUCCAUUUGAUGAAAUGGAUCUACCAACUUUAUACAGUAAGAUUGACAAUGCUGAGUUCUCUUGCCCUUCAUAUUUUGCCUUGGGAGCAAAGGCCUUGAUCCGUAGAAUUUUGGAUCCAAAUCCUGAAACUCGAAUUACAAUUGCUGAAAUCAGGAAAGAUGAGUGGUUCGUAAAGGAUUACACUCCUGUACAAGUUAUUGAUUACGAACAUGUAAACCUGGAUGAUGUAUAUGCUGCUUUUGAUGAUCCCGAGGAACAAAAAGAUGCACAGGUUGGAACAGGAGACACGGGUCCACUGACUUUAAAUGCAUUUGACUUAAUUAUUCUAUCUCAAGGCCUGAACCUUGCAACUCUUUUUGACCGUGGAAAGGACUCCAUGAAGCAUCAGACAAGGUUUAUCUCACACAAGCCAGCAAACGUGGUUCUUUCAAGCAUGGAAGUUGUGUCGCAGUCCAUGGGCUUUAAGACGCACAUUCGCAAUUACAAAAUGAGAGUAGAAGGAUUAUCUGCAAAUAAGUCGUCUCACUUCUCCGUCAUUCUAGAAGUCUUCAAAGUUGCACCAACAUUUCUCAUGGUAGACAUCCAAAAUGCAGCAGGAGAUGCAGAAGAAUACCUCAUGUUCUACAAGACGUUUUGUGGCAAGCUUGAUGACAUCAUCUGGAAGCCGCCAGAUUCAUCCGUGAGAAAUCGAGUCACGAAGACCAAGAUUAAGAGACGUUGAAUCCAUGUAGUAUUUAAAGCAGAGCUCUCUGUGUUCUUAACUGCUUUAGUCUGAAUGGUUAUGUACAAGCUUGUUGAUUUGGGUUUUAAUCUAUAAGGACAUAUAAGAGUGUACAUUGUUUGACAAAACUUCCAACAAUUUCUGAUUUUUGUAUGCAUUAUGGCUCUGCUACUCAUAAUUACAAGACUAUGCAAACAUCCAAGUGGAUAAGUGAAAGCCAUG